GUACGGGCAAGUCAAAGAUAGCUAGCAGUUGAGUUAGCCACACAAUUCAAUGGCGAAAUCAUCAACGGUGAUGCUAUGCAAAUGUACAAAGGGUUGCCAAUCAUCACGAACAAGAUUCCAGAGCACGAGCGCAAUGGUGUACCUCAUCACCUACUCGAUUUUGUUAGGCUGGAGGAGCAGCCGUGGACAGUAAACCAGUUUGUCAAAGAAAGCAAUCGCAUUAUCCACGACAUCAGAACUCGAGGCAAGCUUCCCAUAGUCGUUGGUGGGACGCACUACUACACCCAUGCUCUCUUGUUUAAGGACGCAACCUUAGUCGACGAGGCUGCAGAAAGCAUACCUGAUGAUGAUCAAGUGGAGGGAGUGGAAGACGACUAUCCGAUCCUGUCGAGACCGACCGAAGAAAUCCUGCAAGCGUUGCAAGAAGUUGAUCCCGACAUGGCGAGGAGAUGGCAUCCCAAAGACAGGCGGAAAAUCCAGCGAUCGCUCCAGAUAUGGCUGAAGACUGGGCGAAAGGCUUCAGAAGUCUAUGCAGAACAGCAGGAAAGAAGGCCACCUAGUCGGCCAACAGACAAUGAUGCCGAACGCCCUCGGCUUGGCCAAGAGGCUAGCAUGGCUAAUGAAGAGGCUGCUCUGCGUUACCCAACAUUGCUGCUGUGGUUAGAAGCUGAAGAUGCCGUGCUGAAAGUGCGGCUCAAUGACCGGGUUGAUGCGAUGGUCAAUCGUGGCCUGAUCGAUGAUGCAGUUGCUCUGACGAACUUCGAAAAAGAACUGUUCCAGCAAGGUGUCCCAGUGGACAAGACUAAAGGGAUAUGGGUGUCCAUCGGCUAUAAAGAGAUGGCAAGCUGGCUGGAUGGAGGGCAGACCCCUGAGCCCAAGUCUCCUCAAGCAUCUCGCGCCUUGACCGAGGCCAUUGAGUCUGUCAAAGCCGGCACCAGGCGAUAUGCGAAGCGUCAGAAUCGCUAUAUUCGGAUCCGACUGGCCAAUGCAUUGGAAGGAGCUGAUGAAUUCGGCAUGCUGUUUCUCCUCGAUUGCUCAAAUCUUGACAAUUGGGAUACUGAAGUGGCAGCCCAAGCACAGAGACUUGUGCGGUCGUUUCUGGUCGGUGAAAAGCUCCCUGACCACAAAAGCCUUUCCGAGCUGGCAGCUAAAAUGCUCUCCGCUGCUGAUGAGCAAAAUCUAGGGAGCGACCGUGUUGCGAGAACAUGUAACACGUGCGAUAAGACGUUGAUGACCGAAAAAGAAUGGAAUGGUCAUCUCGCAAGUCGAGGGCAUAAGAAAGCUGUUGCAGCUCAGCGAAAGCGGGAAGCGAGAGCCAGCCAAGAGCCGGGGCAGCCUCAUACUGCAUCUUCGACCGCGGCUGAGGACUGAUUUUCUAGAGUCCAGUGGCCUCAAAUCCUUCCUGGGUGGCCUAGGCAGAAGGUUGAGCUGUACCGUGACAACCGCAUGGUUCAUCCAGGCUCAGGUACUUGACCAUUUCCAUUGAUAUGCGCGGUCCCUGCCGAAUGCUGAGUGGGAUACGCAGCCAGUUCCUUACUACGCCAGUCCAAAAAGGCCUGCGAGAGGAUAUCUCCGUGACCAGUUUCUUCGAGCUUGAAAACUUCAAUCACAGGAACCUUUUCCCGCUUUCUGAUACGCCAGACACCGUCUUCAGUCAUGACGCCUUUCAACCCUAGAACCUUUCAGCCUGUCACACGGACAAUUUUGGGAGGAAGAUGCUUACACUCGAGAAAGCUUGCAGCAAAAUUGAUGCAGAUCUGGCCAUCCCACAGAUAUUUACCCUUUUGUCGGACUUUAUCUGGUAUUGUCUGAGUUUCGAGCUCUUCGAUCCGCUCCAAGAUCCCUUGGGGAGUUCGAUAUCCGACGACAAUCUUAGGCACGCCGAGCAGAAAUGAUUGAGCCCAGAAUUUCAACAGCUUUCUUUCAAACUUGAUCUGUUCGCGCUCGUUGACGACUGCGGCUGUGGUCUUCAGUUCGACCCAAUUGACCGGCUGGGAUUUGUCUUCUGGCUUGAAGUCCAGCACGGCGUCUACUUCUCCGCCAAUGAUCAUUUUGAUCUUGCCUAGACCAGUACGCACGAUCGAGCAGUAUUGUGCAUAAUUGCUCACGACCUGGUCCUCGCGUGACUCGAUAUGCUCGCGCGAUACGAGCGACCAGGGUUCCGGUAAGAGCGAG